AGAAAAGAAAAGCAAGGUCGUUUAAAUUAGUUAGAGCCAGACGUGUACAUUGUCGCAUAGUGUUCCCGUUUUCGCAAUCAGAAUUCGGAAAAUACUCGCAAGACUCUUAACGUCAACCCCUCUCUCUCUCUCUCUCUCUCUCUCUCUCUUUGGAGUUUGAACUUUGACCCUCACGCACUGACUCGGAUCCUCUCCUCCGAUUCGCAAAAAAUUCGGUGUACCGACCCGAACAAUGACCCGAUAAUGAUUCCGGAUCCGCAGCAAGCUUCCUAGAAUGGCGGAGCAGAGAAUCGAAGAGAAGAAGAUAAAUAGCUCAGCAAAGGAAGAAGAAGACGAAGCCGAGAAGAAGAAGAAAGAAAAGGAAAAUGUAGAUCCAGAGCUCUUCAGCUGCUUGCUUCAGCCUGUGACUUCCAAUUCCGAUUCCGAUUACAUCUCCGUUCGCCGCUUCCUCCUCUUCAGCAAGGCCAAUUCCGGUGUUCUUCGCCGUAGAGAUUGGAGAUGCAAUGGAAAAGGUUACGUGGCGUACCGGAAUUUCAUAAGGCGGCCGAGGAAUUGGGAGACUUUGCAGUCACCAAGCAGCCUCCAAGGCACUCCUGGAAACAGUGGGCGAUGGAUUCCACCUUCAAGUCCACUUUCCCUUUUGUAUGAGGCAGAGAGCUGGAGUUCUGGCAGGGAUGUGCAAAAUGGCAAUCUAGAUUCAAGUCGCAGAACAAGUUUUAGUUCAAAUGCAAGCGAUACUGAUCGCCCACGUCAACGAGGGACUGAACCUGCAUAUUCUUUUGUAGGAAUGCAGUGCAUCUUUGAUCAGUGCAAAGCCUCUGUUACGGUUUUGAAGUUUGGACACAUGAGUUCUGAUCUGCUGGCAUAUGGGGCGUCAGAUGGAACCUUGACAGUAUGCACAGUGUCAGAGCCACCUUCUGUCCUCAAGGAAUUAAAAGGCCACUCCAAAGAUGUCACAGAUUUCGAUUUCUCAUCAAACAAUCAGUACAUUGCAUCAUCCUCGAUGGAUAAAACUGUGAGAGUAUGGGAGAUAUCAAAAGGACUUUGCAUUCGAGUAAUAUAUGGAGUUUCUUCACAAUUAUGUAUACGUUUUCACCCUGUAAAUAACAACUUCCUUUCAGUUGGCAAUGCAAACAAAGAAAUGACUGUAUUCAAUUUCAGCACUGGGAGGAUUAUUAAUAAAACAUUCUUUGACAGUGAGGUUACCUCUAUGGACCAUGAUCACACUGGUCAGCUCGUCUUCUGUGGGGAUGGACAGGGAUGUAUUUACUCAGUUAGUAUGAACUCUCACACAGGAGCAUUAUCCCGUUCUCAUCGCCAUCGAAGUAAUGGCAGGCGCAAAUCUCCAGUCACAACUGUGCAGUACAGAAGUUUUUCCCUGCUUGCUCGUGGCCCUGUGCUGCUGACAUGUACUCAAGAUGGAAGUUUGUCUUUUUUCAGCGUUGCUUUGGAAAUACAAGGUUAUUUGACUCUUCGAUGCUCGCUUAAGUUAACUCCACGAAUACAUAGCAUUCGAGCUUCCUUCUGUCCCCUGCUUUCCCUUGAAAAGGGAGAAUACAUAGUUUCUGGUAGUGAGGAUUCAAAUGUCUACUUCUACGAUUUAACUCGGCCGAAGCAUACAUGUGUAAACAAGCUACAGGGUCAUCGUUUUCCAGUUAUAGGUGUUGCUUGGAACCAUGGAGAGAACUUAUUGGCUUCAUCUGAUUUUUAUGGCAUUGUUAUUGUAUGGAAGAGAUCAAAGACAACUUAAAAUAAACACACAUUAUACAGGGAUAGAAGUUUCAAAACACACACAAAAGGCUGGAGCAGAACAGAAGCUUUGUUUGAUUAUUUUUCUGCUUUUGUGAAAUUUGUAUUGUAUUGUAUUGUUAAUUGUAGCAGUAAGAAUAGGAAACCGAUUCAUUUAAACCCAUUUGCAUUGUUCAAUUUCCCUAUUGAAUAUAAUCUUCUUUAUUUUUGCUAAA